UCCGCUGGCACCAUGGCCGGCUUCGCCCCGCGGGUCGAGUACUUGGCGGGCUUCCGCUGCCCGCUCGGGGGCCUGGCGGCGGGCAAGCCCCGCGUGCUGUGCCACGGGGCCGAGAUCUUCGUGUCCACCGGGAGCGAGCUUGUCUACGUGUACGGCCAAGAGGGGAGGCUGCUGACCGCUGUGUACAGGUUCCCCGGUCGGGUGUGGCGCCUGGAGCUCUCGGCCCCCCGCAGGGUGCUCUACGUCCUGUGCGCCCAGAAAGGCGUCUACUGCGUGUCCUUGGACCAGGCGAGCAGGUCUGUGAGCCAAGGAGACGCGGACGACAGGGACAAGAACGACGACAGUGAGGGCAGUGAGGAGGGUGAGCCCCCUUGCCCUGUGAUCCCUGUGGACCCAGACGCCUGCAUCCUCCCCGAUGCCACACUGUGUGCUUUCACUGUGCUCGAUGACAUGCUUGUCACCCUGGCGCAGGGUCCUGCCCAGUGGAAGGUACAGCUGUUCGGGUGUCCCUGUCCAGGGGAGGACGCCAGACCCCCAGGCCAGAUCGGCGAGGUGGAGUUGUCCACCUGCAGCCCUCUGGCUGGGAGCCUUGGGGAGCCCGCAGCCCCCCACCUCCUCCCAGUGCUGUGCUACGCGUCACCACCAGGCUGCCGCGGGCCGCACGGCCGGACACCGGGCUCUGGGGGCUUCACGCUGGAACGGGCUCUCUUUGGGCUGCUCUUUGGAGUUGAUGCCUCCCUCCUGGAAUCACCUGCGAUCCUCUGUGGUCUGCCUGAUGGCCAGCUCUGCUGUGUGGUCUUGAAGACUCUGGUCACCUCCAGGUUGGCCCCUGGUGACCCGAAGUCCCUUGUCAAGAUCCUCCAUCACCUGGAGGAACCCGUUGUUUUCAUCGGAGCCUUGAGGACGGAGUCACUGGCCGAGGACAUGGAGGACACACACCCUGACUGCCUAGUGGCGCUUGGUCACCGCGGCCGGGUGCUGGCCGUCAAGGCCAGCUGGGAUGAGGCCGGGGACCUGGCACCAGAGCUGCGGGAGUACCGGCUCCCAGGGCCUGUGCUGUGUGCGGCUUGCGGCAGAGGCGGCCGUGUGUACCACAGCACCCCCUCGGGCCUCUGUGUCGUGGACCUGGCUUGGGGAGGUGCCCCCCAGGACUCCGUGCAGCCCGACGGGGGCCCGGGGAGCCUGCCCUCGCUGCUGUGUCCAGCCGGCUUAGGCGUGUGCGCCGUCGUCACGCUCUCGGUGUUGUCCGAGGCGCCUGAAGGUGGCACCAGGCUCCUGGCCCUGUCUGCCCGGGGCCGCCUGAUGACCUGCAGCCUGGACCUGAGCUCUGAGGCGUCCUGCCCCACCCGAGUGACAGUGGCAAAUACUGGCCAGAAAAUUAAGGAGUUACUCUCUGGAAUUGGUACCGUCUCUGAGAGAGUGUCUUCCCUGAAGAAGGCAGUUGACCAGCGCAACAAGGCCCUCGUGUGCCUCAAUGAGGCCAUGAACGUGAGCUGCGUGCUGCUGGCGAGCCGGGAGGGCCCCAGGCCCAUCUCGUGCACCACCACCACUGCCUGGAGCCGCGUGCAGCUGCGGGACGUGCUGAUGGCCACCUGCCGGGUGCAGAAUGGCAGUGGCUUCAGUCUGGGGCAGGGUUGGACUUGGUGCGUGCAGGUGCUCACCAGCCCCCGAGCCUCAGACCCGGACCCGGCUGGCUCGGCCACCACCUACACCAUCCCUGUGGAUCAGCUGGGCCCCGGUGACCAGCGGGAAGUGACGCUGCCCCUGGGUCCCAGUGACGACGGCACGCUGGACCUGCCUGUGACGGUGGUCUGUGCGCUGCACUACAGCCUCAGGGAGGUCGUGGGCGGAGCCCUCGCCCCCACGGACUUGUCUGAGGACGCCUCGUUGGACGGGUGCCCGCCCGACAUGCUGCCCGAGCAGGAGGGCAUCUGCCUGCCCCUGAGCGAGCACACGGUGGACAUGCUGCAGUGCCUGCGCUUCCCUGGCCUGGCCACGCCCCCCACACAGGCGCCCAGCCUGCUUGGCCCCGCUGGCGACCCCGUGGACACCUUCCUGGGAACUCGCCUGGGGCCGCGCGGCGAGCCGGCAGGACCCACCUCACUGCGGGCCAAGUUCCUGCCCCCGUCGGUGGCCACCAUCAAGGUGUCGGCAGCGCUUCUGAGGGCCGCCCUGGGGGACGGUCAGCCAGGCGUGUCCCUGGGCUGUGCUGCCCUGCAGUGGCUGCUUGCAGAGAACAGCGCCCUGGAUGUCGUGAGGGCCCGACUUCUGUCCUUCGUCCAGGGGGUGGCCCCUGAUGGCACCGACCUCCACCUUGUCAUCCGAGAGGUAACGGUGACGCACCUGAGCGCAGCAGGGCCCCUGCAGGCCGUGGAGAUCCAAGUGGAGAGCCCCUCCCUGGCCACCCUGUGCCAGGCGCACCAUGCUGUCGUCGGACGUCUGCAGAGGAUGGUUGUGAAGCACGCCGCCCAGAGCUCCAGGCCACCCGACCUCCGUGUCCAGUGUCUCCACCAGAUCCAGCUCAACCACGAGAUGCUGCUGCGGGAGGUGCAGACCCUGCGGGACCGGCUGAGCACAGACGACGAGGCCAGCUCGCGCGCCACCGGGGAGCGGCUCCUGCAGGUGUACCGGCAGCUGCGCAGCCCCAGCCUCCUCCUGGUGUGACGCCCCUCCAGAUGGUGUCCGCCCGCCAGGCCCUGGGCCCUGCUCUUGCUCCCCGCCCGAGACGCUGCACGUGGCUCCUCUCCCUCCAGCAGCUGCCCGACGGCCCCACCGCACCUGGUGGUGCUGGGGGUCUCUGCCCUGGAGCGCUGGAGCUCGAUCGGCAACGUCCCCUGCACCCGGAAACAGGCUCUAGACCCCAGAACAGCAGCAUCGGCACGUGGCCCGCUUGGGCCCCGGAGAAAGUUCCUGGGGGUGUGCCGCCGGCUCACCCACGCGGACGCUUUCCUCCCUCUGUGGGCCCCUCCGCCCUGCUGCUUCCCGGCUGCCGGCUCGGCUGGGGCUGGGGCACCCCCACCCCCCGCAGCUGCUCCCAGCUGAGGCCACACUCAGCCCGAGCACUGUGCAUUGUUCCCAGGGUCCGUCGGGGUGGGCUGCGGCCCCCCAGCUGCCUCCCUCGGCCUGGGCAGUGGCCCGGCUUGACUCCCCUUCUGGUGCUGACACGUGUGGCAGCUGGGGAGGGCGACUUUCCCUCCGACUGUGACAUGGUGCUCUUCUGUGCGUCUGGGGUCUGCGAGGCACCCCUCCCGCAAGACCAGUGCACUCUGUCUCGCUG